AUGCCUGAGCAGGCCCUGCCAGAGAAAAAGGUGGUGUACCAAGCCGUCCAGGAUAUCUUUACCGGCAAAAACGCAGCUAUUUGCAGGCCAAAGGCAAUUCGCAAGCUCAUCGAACAGCAUAACGAUGAAGAGCUGCUAGCGCAGCUGCUCCAGCAGCACAGUCUCGACGAUGUCGCCACCGUCACAAAAAAACUCAUCGAGGAGCACGUUUUUGAAGCCAGUACUCAUGGCUGGAUCGCUAGAAGCGGCCUGGAGAGCAGACCGAGGAGCGAGACCGACAUCUACAGGGAGCAAACCGCAAAACCAACCACAGAGGCCCUCUGUAGAAAAUGCGCACGUAUUGAUUUUGGGAAAAUCUUCAAUGAACAAGCUGUUCCAGAGGAAGGCAUUCUCGUGGCGCACCUAGGGCGAAACGCUGGAAGCUGGGAUACGUCGACAUGCCCAUUGUGUCGGCUCUUUGCGUGGGUCAGAACCCCUCAUCCUCAUAAUCCUGAAUACUUGCCGUCCGUGAACAAGGACCUUGGAUACUGCUUAUACGCCAUCCCGGCCCUCACUUUGUUUAAUAGGUACAUGAAAGACCCAAUUCAAGACUCGGAUAUUAUCAAUAAUAUUGUUCUUGGGGUGUUUCUGGAAAGGGAGGUCGCAGACGGCCGUGUGCGGGAUGUCAUUCAACAGGAUAAUCCCGACUAUAUUUGCAACGUGCUUGACCAAGGUUCGGCGGCAAGAUUAGCGAUUAAUGGUCGGCAUGUCGACGCAGACAGGAUGAGCAAUACUCUGAUCUAUGAUUGGCUUCAAUUCUGUGAUGCCAAUCAUACCGACUGUGGCCAUAAUGUGGCCCCUUAUCUAUAUGGACGACCAGAGGAUAUUCCAAAGUUUCAGGUCAUUGACUGUGAAACACGCCGCAUUAUCCCACUGCCACCGGGCCAGCCGUAUGCUGCGCUGUCAUAUAUCUGGGGCAAGCAGGAAAACCCCGAACAAGUGGCUGACGAGACGGGACGCUUGAAAUCAGGCACUCUGCCCGUUGUGAUCGAGGAUGCAGUCACGGUAACCUUGUGGGCAGGAUUACAGUAUCUGUGGGUGGACAAGUACUGCAUCGCCCAGCAUGACGAUGAAACCAAGCGGUUGCAGCUGCAGGCAAUGGACAGAGUGUACAAGCUGUCACAUUUUACCAUAUGUGCGGUAGCAGGCUCUGAUCCCACGUACGGCCUACCUGGUGUUGGAUCACGCAGUCGCCAGAAGAUGGCACCACAGGCUACUUCCAAAGGAACCACGCUGACCAAAUUGUCCUUAACAAGAGAGCACUACAGUCGGCACAUUACGAGUUCGGAUUGGAUCAGGAGGGCCUGGACGUUCCAAGAGGCGAUAUUUUCUCGAAGACGCGUCUUCUUCACCGAUGUCGGUGUCUACUUUGAAUGUAAUAGUAUGUGGUGUUCGGAGCAUUUGGACGAGGAACCCUCGAUACGCCAUUGCCGCUACGCGCCUAAUGAGACGUUUCCUUAUAUGAACAAUGACUUGUCCGUCGAGCACAUGGUGCAGUGUAUCCAGAAUUACAGCCGUCGCAAUCUCACGUUUGAAAGUGACAAGUUGAAUGCUUUCCUGGGAGUUCUAGAGCAUUUUGCAAAGAUGCCCAAGCCGCUUUACCAUCUCCAGGGCGUGCCGUUGCUCACGAGCGAGAAAGUGGCAGAGAGGUCUAAUGCCUUGACUGCCUUCAUCAACGGCUUGAGCUGGGGAACACGACUUCCCGCAAAAAGGCGUGAAGGGUUUCCAAGCUGGUCGUGGACAGGGUGGCAUUUUGCGGCCUUUUACUCGCCAGCUAUAAGUACUGGAACUGCUGCCAUGGACGAAGAGAAGUCGCUGACUGGAUCCCAUCAGUCACGCAGUUUCUUUGUCCUGGUGCAGAAGCACGACGGCGUAGUGAUUCCCUUCCCUACUGAGGUCUCAGAGUUCGCUGCCUUCCAAGCGGCAUAUUCGUUUCGUCUCACCCCGUACAUUCACAUCGACGCAUGGACGAUCGAGCUUCGGUUCGAGGACUCCGGCGCACCAUCGGGUGUUGGCGGCAACAAACCUGCUAUCCUUCGAGAUAACGACGAGCACGAACCAUACUUUGUGCCUUUCAAAGAAACAAAAGGCUACUCGCGACCCGGUCUCGAGGGCGACUUCUUCUGGGCCUUCCCAGUCGACCGUGGACAGCCAGGCAAGGUGUAUAUACGCCUGGAUCUGACGCUGGAUCCAAGUACCGUUGUGGGAAACAGCGACAUCUCGAAGAGACUUGUCACCGAGACGUGGACGGGCAUUGUGCUGCCGACAAUGGACAUUGCGCGCAUCUUGGUAGUGGACUGCAGUAAGGAUGUGGCCGAACGGAUAGGCACCAUCUCGGUGGUUCCUGGAUAUUCACGCUGGCGCGCACGCAGACCAGGAGUUCACCACAAGUUACCGGAGGGUGCUCCGAGGGAUAAAAUGUGGGAUGAAAGGGCCGAGCUGGGGGCGCGGGUUGACAGGCUUCCCAAUAAAGCGGUCAAAAUGAUAGCGCUGGACCAGAUUACUGGCAUGACGGAGGAGCAGAGACGUUGUCAUGCCGUGCCCUGGAGCCAUGUAAUGGAGACGUUUCACUGUGAACUAGCGAGAACUCGGCGGGGGAUCUGGAUUAGCUAA